UUCAAUAAACUUAAGAAGAUGGGCUUAGGGCACGAGGAAGGAUUUGGUGCCCCCUGCUUAAAAUGCAAAGAAAAGUGUGAAGGAUUUGAGCUUCAUUACUGGAGGAAAAUAUGUCGCAACUGCAAAUGUGGCCAGGAGGAGCAUGAUAUCCUUUCAAGUAGUGAGGAAGAUCGGAAAGUGGGGAAACUCUUUGAAGAUACAAAAUACACAACCCUCAUUGCAAAGCUGAAGAAUGAUGGCAAUCCCAUGUAUAAACGUAAUGUAAUGAUACUGACCAGCCCAGUGCCAGCCAAGAACAUACCCAUUGAUACUGUUACUUAUGAGUGGGCUCCUCCUGUUCAGAAUCAGACACUUGCUAGACAGUACAUGCAGAUGUUACCAAAGGAGAAGCAGCCUGUUGCUGGCUCAGAAGGCGCACAAUACAGGAAGAAGCAGUUGGCAAAGCAGCUGCCUGCUCACGAUCAGGAUCCUUCAAAAUGCCACGAGCUUUCACCCAGUGAGGUUAAGCAUAUGGAACAGUUUGUGAAGAAGUACAAAAAAGAGGCACUUGGUGUAGGAGAUGUCAAGCUCCCUGGUGAGAUGGAAGUGAGAGCUGCUAAUGAGAAUAACUUGAAAAAUGGUGGUGGCAGAGGUACCUCAUCUGCUGUUGGAGCAAUGGAGAAGAAGCCCCCAGAUCAGAAAGCACCUCAAUACUCCUGCUAUCACUGCAAACUGAACAUGAAGGAAGGCGACCCAGCUGUUUAUGCAGAACGUGCUGGAUAUGACAAAUUGUGGCAUCCAGGUUGUUUCAUCUGUUGCACCUGCAGUGAACUUCUAGUAGACAUGAUCUAUUUCUGGAAGAAUGGUAACCUGUAUUGUGGAAGACAUUAUUGUGACAGUGAAAGACCCCGCUGUGCUGGAUGUGAUGAGCUAAUAUUCAGCAAUGAAUAUACUCUUGCAGAAGGGCAAAACUGGCAUCUGAAACACUUCUGCUGUUUUGAUUGUGAUUGCGUUUUGGCUGGGAUAACCUAUAUAACAGUGAAUGACAAGCCAGUCUGUAAAUCCUGCUAUAUGAAGAACCAUGCUGUGAUCUGCCAAGGCUGUCAUAAUGCUAUAGAUCCAGAGGUUCAGCGUGUAACAUACAACAACUUCAACUGGCAUGCUACGCAGGAAUGCUUCUUGUGCUCCUGUUGCAGCAAGUGUCUGAUUCGCCAGAAGUUCAUAUCUGUGGAAGGGAUGCUUUUCUGCUCAGUGGAAUGUAAGGGAAAGAUGAUGUCAUAA